AUUGUAUGCUCGUCCGGCAAUCGUGUGAAGAAAUUACGGUGGGUUAUUGUACGCGUCGGAGUCUGUGACACCCGCUGGCCCAAUGGAGCCGCGUAUUCUUGCAGUCCUCUUGGCUUUGUUGACAUUCGUCGUAUCGGCUAAUGCAGGUGGAUUGUAUUUUACUAUUGAGCCACAAGAUGUGGUGGUUGAACAGGGAGGUCCUGCUAGAUUAGACUGUGAAGCAAAAAGUGAUUUUGGAAAACCCAGUAUACAGUGGAGAACCGAUGAUGGACAACCAAUUACUUUUAUUGGGGAUAGUUACCGAUCUCAAUUAGUUAAUGGAUCUUUGUACAUAAAUGCUGUUUAUGGCAGUAGUUUGGAAUUGACUGGAAGCUAUCAGUGUUUAGCUUCUGUAGAUGAUGUUGGAGCAAUUGUUUCUCAAACUGCCACAAUUAAAAUUGCAAGUUUGCCAGGAUUUGAUAGGGAACCUCAAGAUACUAUGGUUUAUCCAGGACAAAUUGCAUAUUUAAGUUGUACACUUCUUACAUCUUCUAAUUCACUAAAUAUACAAUGGCUAAAAGAUGAACAUCCAUUGCUGCUUGAUGACAGUCGAAUGACAAUUUUGCCAUCAGGUGCAUUAGAAAUUGAUGAUGUUAAGAUACAAGAUGUUGGAUCAUACAGGUGUAAUGCUAGUAGUUAUGGACAAUUUAGACUCAGUAAUAAAGCACAAUUAGGAUUGUUAACAAGUGAUAUCGACCAAGAAAGUACACCACCAGUCUUUAUUGCUAAGCCAUUACAACAAGUGACUAUUGAAGGAUCAACAGUCACGCUUGAAUGUGCUGCCAAUGGUUAUCCAAAGCCAAGUAUACUUUGGUUAAAAGAUGGUGUUGCUAUUGAUUUAGCAUCUUAUCAAUCUAGAUACAGCAGAGUUGCUGCAUCCAGUCUUGUGAUCCACAAUGUUCAAGAAAUAGAUGAUGGUUCUUAUCAAUGCCGCGCAGAAAAUGAAGUUGAGACAUUAGAUGCAGCUGCUGAUUUAAUUGUACAAGUUCCACCAAGAUUUAUUAAAAAACCAGAAAACAAGAUAGCUAGUGAAAAUCAAGAUUUAGAAUUUGAAUGUGAAAUUUAUGGAAAACCAGAACCAAAAAUUACAUGGCUCAAAAACGGGGAACGUAUUACCUUGAGCGAAUAUUGGCAAAUUAAUGGUUAUAAUCUUAGAAUUAAUGGCUUAUUACCGAUAGACGCUGGAAUCUUCCAAUGUAUAGGAACGAAUUCCGCUGGAAGUAUACAAGCUGCAGCGCGUUUAACAAUUAAUCAGCCUAAAAAGACAAAUCCUCAUAAAUCAACUACCCCAAAGACAGUUCCUAAAAAGAAGUUAUUAUUGCAUCGGCAAUUAUAUAAUAAAACGUGGCAGCACCCAAGCACCCUUUUAGGUCACACAAUGUCUGCUUUUACGCCCAAUCCACCACUUUCCAUUGGUCCGUCUGAUGAUCCUGCAGAUCUUCCUGGAUCUGUUAGAUUUCCUAAUUCCCUUUACGACCCAAAAUCCCAUUUUGUAGAUGACACAGACAGCUUGGAGUCAAUAGAAGGAAGUGUUCCGUCAGCACCGAGGAAUUUAAGUCUCGUCAUUGUCACUGCUAGAUUUGUAACUUUACGAUGGCAAGAACCCGAGAAUACAAAUGGAGAGAUUCUAAAUUAUUAUAUUUAUUAUAAACAAGAAGGUGUUCAAAGAGAACGAGUUAUUCAUACACAACAAAAAUUAGAGGCAGUAAUACGAGGUUUACAACCAAGUAUGACGUAUCAAUUUCGUGUGGUCGCCUUAAAUGAAAGGGGGAUGUCUGGAAAGUCUAGUGAAAUGUUGCAAGUUACCACACUUACUGAGGCCAAUGUCCCUGGAUCUCCAUUGAAUUUAGAGGGACAUGCUACAAGCAGUGCAAGCAUUGCGUUAUCUUGGGAAAAACCACAAGUAGUUAAUGGCAGAAUUUCUAAAUACAUAAUUACAUAUGUGGAGGGUGACAAUGAGGAAAUGACUAGUGAAACUACUAGUACGAUGCACGAAUUAGUAGAUCUCGUGCCUUAUACAGAAUAUAGUAUUAAAGUUCAAGCUGUAAACGAGAACGGUCCUGGUGUGUUCAGUAGAGAUAUUGUAGUCCGGACUUAUAGUGCACAACCUACUCAACCACCACACAAUGUUACAGUAGAACCAGUUAGUCCUACAAGUAUUAUAAUAAGAUGGGAACCGCCACUCGAAGGACAAAAUGGAAUUAUUACUGGUUACAAAAUUCGUUAUCGUCGUUAUGAUCGUAGUUCGCAGCCGGUAACUAUAACAACUGAAGGAAAUCAACGUUCACGAGUACUCACAGGACUUGAAAAGCACGUUAUUUAUCAAGUUCGCAUAUGUGCCUUAAACGUUAAUGGAACAGGGCCUAGUUCAGAAUGGAUACAAAUAGAAACAUAUGAAACAGAAUCUGAUGAAAACCGAGUGCCAAAUACACCCAGCAACUUAAGGACAAAAGUGAUGUCGGACUACAUACAAGUAUUUUGGAAUCCCCCGAAAGAUCAAAGUAUUAAAGUGAAAGGAUAUAAACUUGGAUGGGGAAAGGGCAUCCCCGAUGUUGAAGUUCGACUUCUUGAUGGAAAAGAACGAUCUUUUACUAUAGAUCAAUUGGAACCAAUCACUGAGUACGUUAUAUCUCUAAGAGCAACAAAUGAUGCUGGUGAUGGUCAGCCAGCAUAUGCAAAUGUAAGAACUACGGAACGUUCUGUGUCUGAAUUUUCUGUGCCUUUGUUACCGCCUGUUGGUCUUAAAGCUGCUGUACUUUCUGAUACGACAGUCGUAUUAUACUGGACUGACACAACUUUGCCAAAAACUCAAUUCGUAACGGAUAAUCGAUAUUAUGUGGUGCGUUAUACGUUACACCAUCAUAGCAGCAAUCCUCGUUAUAAGUACCAUAAUGCAACUGAUCUCAACUGCAUGAUAAAUGAUUUGAAACCCAAUACAAUGUAUGAAUUUGCAGUCAAGCUUGUUAAGGGAAAACGAGAAUCAUUAUGGAGUAUGGUUGUUUCAAAUCAAACUCAAGAAGCUGCACCUAGCUCUGCGCCUAGAGAUUUGAUGAUUCAAAGUAUCGAAGACCGUCCAACUUCAGUUUUAGUGCGUUGGCAACCUCCAAAACAACCAAAUGGACCAAUUACAGGAUAUAUUAUUUUUUAUUCGAUUGAUAAUACAAAGUGGGAUCGUGAUUGGUUAUUGGAAGCUGUAGUUGGAGAUAAAACUGAAUGUAUCGUGAGAAAUCUUCAACCAAGUACAACCUAUUAUUUCAAGAUCCAAGCACGGAAUUCAAAAGGAUAUGGCCCUUUUUCUACAACUGUUUCAUUCAAGACGCCUCAAAGCAGUGGCAUGGAUGUCUAUGAUGAAUUGCAUGAUCGAGAUGGACGUGGACUUUCAAAUAUAUUAAUAUACAUUAUCGUGGGUUGUUCUAUUGUUCUUAUUACUGGCAUAGCAGUAGUGGUUGUGGUUGUAUGUUGCAAACGCAAUCCGGAUACACCUGACAGGAAAAAAGGGUACAUGAAAGACACAAGUCAGAAAACAAACAUUAAGCCACCCGAUUUGUGGAUCCAUCAUGAUCAAAUGGAAUUGAAAGCUCUCGAGAAAUCUUCAAUAAAUGGAGAGGCAUCUACUAGUGGUGUAGCUAGUAAUACCUUACCUAGGUCGAAUAACCAGGAUUAUAAUCAAGAUAAUGUUCAUGGAAAUUCUAGUUCAUUGGACAAACGUACUUACGUACCAAGUUAUAUGGGUAAUACUGACGAGAAGUGCUCAACCCUGAGUAGACAACAUAGUCGAGGAAGCCAUAAACCUAAACUUAUUACACUUCCCGUUGACAGUGCAUCUUUACAUCAACCUAUAGCGACGGCUACACCGAUCGUAAAUACAAGUAUGUCGCAGCCAACGAUUCAUACAUCAUGCAAUGAUACGCCAUCCGUGAGACAGAAUUAUCCUCGAACUGUAGCACAAUACAGUUUAAGUCGAGCACAUAUUACUUUAGAACCAACGCCAGAAUCGAGUCCAGAUUCUUGCAAUGUUUCAACUUCAUAUGAACCAAUGCAAAGUCAACAAUUACCGUAUGGUACCAGUGGUCCAUCAUAUAGUGGAGGUAGUCAAUAUGCUUCGGGACACUACAACAAUAAUAAUCAAUCAUCAAGUGCAACUGGUGGAGCUGAUGGUGGUAGCGGUAGUAAAAGAAUGCAGGGACAUCCUUUGAAAAGCUUUAGUGUACCGGCACCUCCACCUCAGUCCGCACCUUCGACACCAGCUCAACAAAAACACGGUGUUUCUCAAGUAACAGUACGACCCACAAUGUCUGGAAGUCCAUACAAAAAGCCACAAAGUACUACACAAUUAGCAAAAAAUCGAUUAGCCUCAGUUUCAAAUCCGGUGCACACAUCGGAGGAAGUUGAACGGUUGAAGCCUUCUUACAGUACGGAAGAAUUAAAUCAAGAGAUGGCUAAUUUAGAAGGUCUUAUGAAAGAUCUAAAUGCCAUAACAGCAUCUGAAUUUGAGUGCUAAAAGAGGUUCCUAAACCUUGUGCCAUCUCAAUUGAAUAGACUGCAUUGAUACAUUCUCAAUGUUAGUACCUGAGAAAUAGAUGUAACGACUGUGUUACACGAAACUCUUCACGAAGUUUGCAGACAAAAAUAUACAAUUGGCAGUGAAUAAUCUUAUGGUCGAUGAACGGCCUUGAUAUCAGACUUUUUGAACAGUUCACUUGAAACUUAUUCCAAUGGUAUUGGACUAGAACGAGUAUUUUCCUAGUCAAUUUGUUUUUUCCUCUGGUACUAACGUUGCUUUUUGCGAUAAACUGCAGAAGUAUACUUGCCAAUGAAUUUUGACACUGCCGCAUUCUUGUAGCAAAUUUGCAUUGCAAGAACGUGAGUAGUAUGGUUUGAAAGUGUUAGUGAAAGAAUUGAACAUUUUAUUAUGGACUUUUAAUGGUGUAUUUUUGUGCAUACAGUGUGUGCAAGUCAAUCGAAAUGAAAAGGAAUUGAUAAGUUCGAUUCUUAUCGAUAAUCCUUCCACCUGAAUAGAUUAUGUUAAAAUAAUUUAAUGACUUCAUUAAAGUAAUUCAGUGGGGGAAAAAAAAAAAACGGUCUGAACGGUUUUUCAAUUUUUAUACGUGAAAAAGUGAUAGAUAUUUUACAAUUUUAUGUGCUUCAUAAAAAGAAAAAAAAAGUAACCAUCUUGCCUAACAAAAGAAAACAGUCCGUACUAUAAAACUCACGCGCUCUUCGCCAUGAUUUUGUAACUUAUACUCAUAAGAGUUUUAUAUAUCAAUAAUAUCGACUGCCAUAUUUACGCUUAGGAUGGCUAGAUCACGUGAGUCUCUGAGUGGAAUUAAUAGUUCAUUAUAUAUAAGACAGACAGUAGGAAUAUCUUUUUUAUUUUUUUAUCCGUCAAAAUGUUUUCCAUAACAUUUUAUCAAUGUUCGAAGAUAAGUUUUAUAUGGUACGGUACUUUCAGUUUAGUUAUUUUAGUAUUAAUCGAUUAAAACAAUAAGCCAUCAAUGUAUUUCAUCAAUUUCACGCUAUUUAUAAAUCGUUGCCUGUAAUUUGAUGAAUUAUGUCUGACAGGCUGAAAUUUUUCUUAUUUAUACAUUUUUCCAUUUAUACAGAGAAUCUUUGAAUUACACUGUGUGUAAUGGCCUUAAAACAUUUUUGUAUUAAGUUGUCCUAUGUUCAGUGGCUUCGGCAGCUUCACUUACGGAAGAACGUACGCGUAUACUUUUAAAGCAACAAUGUAGUAUUACGAUCUCAUUGAGAAAUUAUUUUAGGGUUACACAAGUGAACAUCGAGUAUGGGUAUUAUAUAAUGAACUGUAUAGUGUAUGAGAAUUAAUUUGAAAAUCGCGCGUCUUGUCGCGAGGGUUUCUUGUAUCGAUUACAUGGUACGACUCAGCGAAAUAUCGAUAGUGUCGAUAGUGUUUAUAUAUUUAAAGUUUCGAUAGUUCGAUUAACUUAAGUUUCUAACGUCCAGUUAACGUGUGUGUACGUAUGUCGGUCUAAUUGAUAGAAUUAAAUUAAAUUUUAGAGUCGUUUUUCGCAAACUAUUUUUUACCCGACAUUUACAAAUUGUUAUUUGUAAGUAAGUAUAUGUUAUUUCAUUUGAAUAGACUCGAACGAAACAGUUUUGACGACGCUUGCAAUUCAUGUGCAGGUACUUUUGCAAGAAACAAAGUUGAAUCGAAUUUCUCCGUCAUUUGAGACGAGAAUGGCGGACAAAUUUUCAAACGUAGAAUAUUAAAAGCGGUAAUUUUUUGAUAUAUCCGUCGAGAUACAUAGGUAAUACAUAACUUCCUUCCAAUUCUAGAAAUUUGCAUAAUAAAUUUUUUACAAUGUUUUAUCACAUGAUGUACACAGGUCUCUUUAGUAUUAAUAAAAGAGAGACCUUGGAGAGAUGCAGGAUAAACGUAAGGAUUCUAACUUGAGAUAUAAGAAGGAAUGCGAUCGGAUAAUUUCGCAUGUAGUAUUUCAUAUUGUACCACCUUUUUAAGCACUUUUGUAUUUUCUUAACAUUGAAUAUAAUUGUACAAAAGUCCAACGCGUAAGGGACAAUGCACCAAGAUUCCCGUUGCGGCAAAGCCUAAUAUGGAGAUAUAGUACAAAGCAAUAUGUGAUACUCCGUGGUUCGCGAUGCGAUGAUGCCGAUCGUGAAUUAAGCAAAAAGAAAAAGAAUCAUCGACUCGUCCGGAGUAUUGCAUAUUACUCGAAUAUUUUGCCGUUAGACGGGAAAUGUACCGUUCAUUUUGAGUAACGUGAAACGGACAAGUUCUUUUAUCGUCGGCUUAGCUCUGAUUAGAAAAUUAUUCAAACUAAGAUUAAGAUGUACGUAUUUGCUACCAUGCAUGGUUUCGAUUCAUUCUUUUUCUCUCUCCCGCCUUGAAUAUUACAAAUUCCUUAGAUAGAAAAAAUAUUACGACAACAGAGUGGCUGUAUGCUUGAUAGAGCAAAAACAAUUCUAAGUAACUUACCAAUAUUUCUUGUUUACGUCGAAAUCUGAUGUAUUUUAUAAAUCUUUUACGAUUGGCACGAUAGAACUACACGAGUUACAUGUGAGCUAUACCGAUAAAAGAAGAACAGCUUGUACAUUAAAUAUAUAUAUAUAUAUAAUUUGUAACUAUUACGUGAUUCAAAGGGUGAUUUGACUCUUUGUAAUUUAAAAAAAGAAA